UUUGCAGGAUAGAAACAACGUAUUAUAGUAUUUCAGCUUUCUUAAUCGGCACUCGCCGCUCAUAUUACUUCCUCAAAGCGUCAAUUAUAGCAACAAUGUCUCCACUAGUCCGAGGCACAACGGAUGAUAUACAGCAAAUUGAGCCUCAGGGCAUUGUUUGUGACGAAUCUCUCGAGAAAGGCAAACAGGGUUUGCAUACGAAUGUGGUGGCCGGCAAUUCUGAGCCAACACCAGCAGAGAAAACCGGAAAGAAGCCCUCGUUCUAUUUGGCCCUUACCUCAUUGAUGCUGGUUAUUCUGAUUGUAUCACUGGAUGCAACUGCUCUGUCAGUCGCAAUUCCUAUCAUUACUAGCGACCUGAAUGGCACGUCGCUAACCGCAUUCUGGGCCAGCAUCUCCUUCAUGCUUGCCGUGGUUAUCGUGCAGCCCAUCUAUACCAGUGUCUCGGACGUCCUUGGUCGCAAUAUAGCUUUAUAUACUGGCUUCAUUCUCUUCACUAUCGGCUCAACCAUCUUUGCUGUCUCCCAUUCCAUGCCAAUCCUCAUUUUCGGGCGUGUGAUACAAGGUCUUGGAGGUGGCGGACUAGACGUGCUUAAUGAAAUCAUCAUUGCGGACAUCACAACCUUGAAAGAGCGUCCACUUUAUCUUGGUCUCAUGUCUGUGCCCAUGGCUGUUGGAAGUGCUAUAGGUCCUAUCCUUGGUGCUGUCUUCAGCGAGUAUGUUACGUGGCGCUGGAUCGGAUGGAUCAACCUGCCAAUAAUCGGGAUAUCAGCACCACUUGCAGUCUUUUUCCUGCAUCUCAAACCCAUUGAGAAGUCCAUUAUGUCGCGUCUGGAAAGUCUGGACUGGAUUGGAUUGGUGCUGUUUGCCAUUGGAAUCACAAUUUUCGCACUUCCUCUCAGUUGGGGUGGUGCAAUGUAUCCAUGGUCAUCAUGGAGAACAAUCGUGCCUCUGGUUAUUGGGAUUGCCAUUCUUGCUGUUUUUGUCACCUACGAAGCUCGACCAACUCAGCCCGUCUUUCCAUAUCGCAUUUUCCGCUCUCACACCGCCCAGGUUACCUUGAUUGGAAGUUUCAUACACGGAAUGGUCUUGUACACUAUGUUGUUUUAUAUGCCUCUAUACUUUGAAUCUGUCUUUCUGGCAGCACCACUCCAAUCGGCCGUUUCGAUGCUACCACUUCUGAUUACGGUGACAGCAUUCAGUGGCCUAGCUGCUUGGGUCGUUGAGUAUGUGCGUCACUACCGAUGGGAAAUUUGGUUGGGCUGGUUGAUGCUUACUGUUGGGACUGGUCUCCUUGCUAUAUGGAAUGCUCAAUCAUCUUUAGCACUCAAAGCCAGUUUCCAAGCUAUUGCUGGAAUUGGAAUUGGUGCUCUUUUCACCGUGCUUCCUAUCCCUAUGCAAGCCAGUGCACCAACGACAGAAGAUCAGGGGCUUGCAGUCGGACUCUUGGUAUCAUUUCGCUUAUUCGGUGCACUUGUUGGGCUUGCCAUAGGGUCAACCGCAUUUAGUAGCACUUUUGGCCAGGGUAUUGCCAGCCUUGGUUUUAGUUUGCCGGAGACCAUGGCAGUUCUCAACAACCCUAGUGAGGCCAUAGGUUUUAUACCUUCUUUGAGACAUAUGCACGAUCUUUCCACAGAGGAGCUUUAUGCAGUUCGGAAUGUCUACAGAGAUUCUAUGCAAAUUAUAUGGUAUAUUUUAACCGGAUUCGGUGGCCUUGGCUUCUUGACGUCGCUCUUGACGGCGAGUCUGACAUUAGAGACAGAGGAGCUAGGCAGGCAGUACUUCGACGUGGACAUAGCUUGAGACCAUCAAAAAUAACUCAAAAUUAUACCACGGAAUUUCUCUUCAGCCAUCACAUACGGCCAUUUGGUUGGAGAACAGGACACAUCUUCCGCUGAGCCUUACUCAACCCGAUAUAUUAACGUAGCUCGAAAUGACUUAGCCGGUGAGCAUGUUUCUGCUAUACUACCAAUGAAAUGAGAAAACGCUAGACUGAGUUGAAGGCUUUCUAUCUCUAUCCAAAACUUUCUAGGUGCAUCUCAAAUACUUUGUGUACCUUCUGGUUUCAUAUUCCCAUUAUCUCUGUUAAACUUUAGACCAUGUGAUUCAGUUAUCAAAAAGCGUACAGGCAAAUAUCGGAAGUUGAAGAGACCA